UCUCGUGACUCUUCCUCGCUACAAUACUAUCUUCGGCAUAAAUUACAUGCGUGUAAGCAUACACUACAUUUGCGAAAAAUGGCAGCUGACGAAUAGAAAAAAGUGGAUCUUCAGUCGAAAAAAAGACGGCACUUACAAACUGGGUGAACAUCCCGCACGCCGUUUAUCGUCCACGGCAUCCUCAUCCGUCAACAUGGGAAAGACUCCACUAAAAGACCAGAAAGAUGGCAAAAAAGAGAAACUGGGAAAGCCGCUCCCAAUGCCAGGUACGACCCCUGCAGCAACUAAAGAUGUGUUCAGCUGGGAAAAAUACCUGAAGGAAACCUCGUCCACACCGGCGCCAGCAGGCUGCUUUCGUCAGGCUAGCGUCCCUCCUUCCAACGACUUCAAAGUGGGCAUGAAGCUCGAGGCUCACGACCCUCGCAAUUCCACCUCGGUUUGUAUCGCCACGGUGAUGGGCUUAACCGGGGUUCGUCUCCGUCUCCGCCUGGACGGCAGCGACAACAGCAACGACUUCUGGAGGCUGGUGGACUCGUCCGACAUCCAGCCUAUCGGCACCUGCGAAAAGAACGGAGACAUGCUGCAGCCGCCGCUGGGAUUUCGUAUGAAUGCCUCCUCCUGGCCCAUGUUCCUGUUGAGAACCCUGAACGGAGCAGAGAUGGCACCAGUGACAGCCUUCAAAAAGGAACCUCUGAGAUCUCCUCAAAACGGCUUCAAGCCAGGCAUGAAGCUGGAGGCGGUGGACAAGAAGAACCCGUACCUCAUCUGCCCCGCCACCAUCGGAGAAGUGAGAGGCGACGAGGUGUUUAUCAUGUUCGACGGCUGGAGGGGGGCCUUUGAUUACUGGUGCAAGUACGACUCCAGGGACAUCUUCCCCGUGGGCUGGUGCUCCCUCACCAAGCACAGUCUCCAGCCACCAGGCAACAGUGUUACUCUUCCGAAGAACCUGCAGAUCCUGCCGUCGUCGCCCUCCAAACCCAGCAGGCGCUCCAUGCAGUUGCCCUACAGAUACCCCACUCUACCCGCACUGCCCGUGAGGAAGGGGGUGAGAGGCCGUCGGCCCAAGAGCGAGACGCUCGCUCUGCUCAAAGCCGUGGCGGAGGCCGCGGCUUCCCACAAUGGAGCGGUUCCCAACGACACGCCGCUGAUGCCCCGGGUUCACAAGAAAAGAGGACCCAAAUCAGGAAGUAAGCGAAAGUCCAAGCUUCUGCAGAGCCCGACGCAGCUGCCAGGCAUCCAGGUUCCACAAGAAAACCCUCCCUGCCUCAACUCGGUGGUUUCAACAGUGUGCGUGUACGUGAAUAAGCACGGGAACUGCGGCCCCCACUUGGACAGGAAGCAGAUGCAGCGCCUUCCGGACCACUUUGGGCCGGGGCCAGUGAACGCCGUGCUCCAACAAGUGGUCCAGUCAUGUAUAGACUGCGCCUACCAGCCAAAAGUCCUUCUCAGCGCUCUGCAGAGUGACUCAGGGGGAGGCGAAGCUGUCAAAGUGAGAACAGACGGCGGUGUCCGUGUGAUCAAACUGCCGUCUGCCUCCAGUGCUUCCUUCGUGUUACGCUUCCUAGAGAGCAUGUGCCGUCACCUUCAGUGUGACAACCUGUUCAGCAGCCAGCCGUUCAGCCACUACGCCUCCUACGACAGGAACAAGUCUGUGAAAGAAGAGGCGCUUGAUGUUCCCUCUCUGGCCCGGGAUGGUAAACGCAGCCUCUCAGGGGUCUCUCCUCCAUACGCCGCCCCUCUCUCCCCCAAACAUCUACGAGCCGAGGCUCACCCAUCUGAAGCAGAGACUCUGCCACACGAAGAGAACGGCCACAUCAAGGAGCAGCGAUACAUGGACUCUGCUUCCAACUCCAUGACUCCCCGACCCCAAACGGCGCGGAGCUCCUCCGAGUACCACCCUCAGGCCAGCAGCCUCUACCAUCACAGCGGCAGCGCCACGAUGCGCCGCCACUCGUCUAACUCGGCAGAGCUCAGCUCGACGCAGCCUCUCAGACGAGUCGAAGCAGCUAGCUCCACCACCAGUUCCGAAUCGAUGGAUCGAGAGAAUGUGCAGCUGCCCAGUAAAAACCCUUCCUGCUGGUCCAUUGAGGAGGUGAUGCAGUUCGUCCGGGACGCAGACCCCACGGCGUUGGCGCCUCACGCAGAGCUAUUCAGAAAACAUGAGAUCGAUGGAAAGGCCUUGAUGCUUCUACGGAGCGACAUGAUCAUGAAGUACAUGGGUCUGAAACUGGGGCCGGCUCUGAAGCUCUGCCACCACAUAGAGCGGCUGAAACAAGGCAAACUGUAAACAGGAGCUGUGAUUCUCUAUCAGACAUGUGAGCAAUAAGCCCAGAAAGAGCCAGCGGUUCUGGAUCCUGACUCAUGGGGCCACGCAGGGGUUACAUGUUACACUAGACUCCUUCUGGAGGAGAAGGGGCACUUUUCGAUGUUACGACUUCAACGCGACUUCCAGAGCAGAGGGGCGGAGGGAAGGAAAAAAAAGAAGUGCGCCGUGCAUCGCUGACGCAUUACCUCAUCCCCCCUCAUCAGCGAAUAAAAAGCCGUUCAAGUCUAAUAAACAAACGCUGACUUCUAAGAAAUCCCAAAGCAAGAAUGAUCCCUGUAGUGUUUACGUUGCAUCACAGAGGCGACGACUUUUUUCCCCUUUUUUUUUUUUUUUUAAUGGAGCUGAAAUGUUUUGAUCCUGAUUUUUGGAUCCCCAAAGAUGGAGAAUGUUUUUUAUUAUUAUUAUUGUUAUUAUUAUUAUUAUUAUUACUGUUGAAUUUCUACCUAAUGAGAAAGGAUUCGUAUACUGAGAAAAACAAAAAGCAAACAUGAAACGUUCUUCAUACUCCAGAAGAGAAUUUCUAUGCUUUUGUCUGUACUGUUGCGUUAGUUAUUUUCAUUCCCUACUUAUCUGCCUAUAAGUAUAUCAUCUGCCUGAAGGAUGCCGCGCUGUGCAGACAGACAUUUUCACAGAUUCUGUCAGUGUCAUUGCCAGGAAUAACGUUAUCUAUUUUUUAUUUUUUUUAAUGAGCUGGAUGGUUUUGGAAUCAUUAACUAUAUUUUUGUGUCUUAGCGGGUUCGAAAUUGCCUCUCAUUGGUAAAGAUGCUCCGAUCAGAAUCCCGUAGCCAAUGUCUGAUCUUCAGUUUUUGUCAAUCUCUCUUUAUUAGGUAUAAUAUACCUUAUUCUACAGUUCCUGCUUAUAAGCUAUUUAUGUCAGAGGCAACGUCACACCAUGUGUGUGAGAGAGCAGUUGCUGUAAAACAGGAAGUUUAACUUUAAAAUUGCUUUAGCUUCUUGUAUUAUCUCGGUUAGCAUGACCUGUGACAACGGGCUCUGCAUUUCUGAGAGAAGGUAUAUUCUUGUCUUCCAAAAUGCCAACUUUUACAAAUCCAAAUUAUUCCAUCGCAAAAAAGUCGGAAGGCUGAAAAGGAUAAUGUUGCUUUUAUAUAAGAAGUGGCCAAUGUUACUGCAAGAAGGUUUUUUUUAUCAGUUAAGAACUGAUAAAAACAGAAAUGUUAUUGGUUGUUGACGAAAGCGUCAUCAUUCCCCAUCACAUCCCUAAAAUCCGAGUAAAUUUAUGAAAUGAGAAGUCAGUUGUGUUUAACAGUUUUUGUUUUAGAAAAACACAAAUAUCAUUUCAAAAUUGCAGAUAUAGAUGCUAAUACAAUAUCUACAUAAGGCAUACAAUACCUUAAUA